AUGGGAAACCAUCAUUCAAAACAUAAACUACGCACUAUCCAGAAAUCAGCGUCUCGAGGACUGGCGAAUAAUAGUAAAGAGUCUUUCCCAGAACAAUAUAAUAAUAGCAUACAGCCAAACAAUGGCCACUAUAGCGACAGAUAUCAGCAUUAUCAACACCCUGCUCCAGCUAGCACAAUUACAGCGACAGAUAUAUAUUAUACUUCGAAAGGCAGCAACCGAUAUUCAACAGAAAGUGACGAAUAUGAAGAAUAUGACACAUCUAAAAGCAACGUCAGUAACAACGUAUUAUCACAGCAGCAGCAAGAACAAUUCAACGUUGAUUCUUGUAUUGAACGACUUAGCGCCGUGGGAUUGAAGAGAAGCAUAAAAAGACAACUGUGCUUAAGCCAAAGCGAAGUGAUAAUACUAUGUCAAUAUUGUUUCGAUUUAUUUUUGAGUCAACCAGCCUUAUUAGAGCUAGAAGCAGGCGUCAAAAUAGUAGGAGACAUUCACGGGCAGUACUAUGAUUUAAUGCGUUUAUUUCAAAUGAGUGGGUUCCCACCAUCUGCAAAUUAUCUGUUUCUUGGCGAUUAUGUGGACCGCGGAAUGUACAGCUUGGAAACCAUCUUACUAUUGCUCUGUUUUAAGCUGAAAUAUCCCAACAAUUUCUUUUUAUUAAGAGGCAAUCAUGAGAGUGCAGAUGUGACAAGAGUCUACGGAUUUUAUGAUGAAUGUAAAAGACGUUUCAAUGGCGGCGUAAAAAUAUGGAGACAUUUUGUUGAUGUUUUCAAUUCAAUGCCUAUCGCUGCCGUAGUAGGAGGUCGCAUCUUUUGUGUUCAUGGAGGGCUAUCACCUUACUUGAAUUCCAUGCAACAGAUUAAUUCAAUACAACGACCAAUAGAUAUACCAGAGGAAGGACUUCUCAAUGAUUUACUCUGGUCCGAUCCAAGUGACGCCUUUUCGGACUGGAGUGAAAAUGAUCGAGGUGUAUCUGUUUGUUUUGGCGCAAGAAAUGUUGAUCAAUUCUUGAAUAGAUUUGACCUAGAUUUGAUAUGUCGGGCGCACAUGGUUGUAGAAGAUGGUUAUGAGUUUUUUAAUAAUAGAAAGCUAGUAACAAUCUUCAGUGCGCCAAACUACUGCGGCGAUUUUGAUAACUAUGGCGCUGUUAUGACAAUAGCACCAGAUCUACUAUGUAGCUUUGAACUGUUACCGCCAGAAGAUAAAUUAAUGACAGAGGAGCAGAAACAGAAGCGAAUCAGUGCUUACAAUUCAUCAGUGAAAUUAUGA